AUGAGAGUUAAGCAUUUAAGCUAUGUCUCUGCCGGUGGCAAAGGUUUACUAGGAAAAACUGUAGGAGCGAUGCUGAGAGAAACAGCUCACAAGCAUCCAAAAGAAGAUGCCAUCGUAAGUGUUGCCGAAAAGGCUAGAUGGACUUAUAAAGAACUGCUUGAUCGAGCAGAAUCCAUGGCAGAAGGUCUUGUUGCCCUUGGUCUCCCAAAACAAUCAAGAAUAGGAAUAUUUGCUCCAAACUGUAAAGACUGGACUCUAACUAUGUGUGCAGCAGCAAUGGCCGACCUAAUUCUUGUAAAUGUCAACCCUUCUUCCCAGGAAACGGAACUAGAGUACGCAUUGAAUAAAGUUCAGGUAGAUACUCUAAUCAUGCCAUCCCACAACAGGCAUAACAACUACAUCGGGAUGAUUGAAGCACUUGCGCCUGAAAUCCACGAUUCAAAAAUAGGAGAGCUCAAUUCAGCCAGAUUGCCUCACUUAAGACGAGUCAUUUUGACUGAUAAUAAGAACCAUAAGGGUAUGAUGAAGCUUGAAGAACUCGACAAUCUUAGAAGUGAUGAAUAUUUAACUAGAACCCAAAAUAUUAAUUUUGAAGACCCUUACAAUAUACAAUUUACCUCUGGAACUACUGGAAAGCCCAAAGCAGCCACUUUAUCUCAUCAUAAUGUGCUAAAUAAUGGCUUUUAUUGUGGAGAAGUCUUAAAAUACACUCACCACGAUAAAGUCUGCAUUUCAGUGCCACUUUAUCAUUGCUUUGGUAUGGUUAUUGGAAACCUUGCCUGCAUUUCCCACGGGGCGACUAUGGUAUAUCCUGAUGCAAUGUUCAACCCGGUCGCAAGUAUGGAUGCUGUCGAAAACGAAAAAAUCACUUCAAUUUAUGGUGUCCCAACCAUGUUUAUUGCCUAUUUAAAAGAGCAAGAAAGGAAGAAACGGCAUAUUGACUCACUAAGAACUGGCGUUGUCGCAGGAUCAGUCUGCACUGCAGAGCUGAUGAAGAAAAUGGUUGACCAGUUGCACGUCCCAAACAUCACGAACUGCUACGGAAUGACUGAAACCAGCCCAGUUUCUUUCCAGCUUCAUCCAAAUGCAGAUUUCGAAAAAAGAAUUUCAACAGUAGGAGAAGUCCACCCACAUGGUGAAGCAAAAAUUAUUGACAGUAGCGGGCAAAUUGUCGAAAGAGGAGAAGUCGGUGAAUUGUGCACAAGAGGCUAUUUCGUCAUGAAAUACUACUGGGGAGACCAAAAAGCUACAAAUGAAGCUAUCGACGCUGACGGAUGGAUGCAUACAGGAGAUCAAGCAUCCAUGGACGAGCACGGGUUUGUGAAAAUCGUUGGAGAGAGAGAGAGUUAUAUUAGAGGGGAUUAACAGGGAUUAUUUCAGCCCCUAGCCAGUCGAGCUUCAGCUUCACGCUUCAUGUGCGCCAAUCACUAAAGCCACCUAACGCCCUUUUCUGUCGACGUCAUCAAAAAUGGUGACGUCGACAUCUUUCGGGAGACUCACCCGAACCUUCUGGACCAAAAAUUGCGCCAAUGGACUCUCUUAACCCCUGGUAGUGCUCAGGGUAUGAGGGGAUCGUCCACAGCCUCCUUCUGGAACUACCUCCGCCAUUUACAGGCAGCCUAAUGCUCCUCCAGAAGUGCCUGCUUGGUAUUGCGCCGUUGGUCUUUCGUCUGUGGGUCGAGGGGAGGCUGGUCAGCCCAAGCCCACACCCCGCAAAAUCUGCCAUCGCAACUCCGUGGCCCUUCGGGGCCACCGUUUUUUUAUUUUUUGGUGACCCAGAAUUCUGGUUUUUUCUUUUCCUCUGUUGCCCCAAAUGCCUGGUAAGGGUUCCCGGCCAUGAUGGCCUAUUUUUAAAAUCGUUGGAAGAAGCAAAGAUAUGAUUAUAUGGGGAGGCGAAAAUAUUUAUCCAGCUGAGCUCGAGAAUUUCUUGCAAACCCACCCAGACAUUGAAGAUGUAGCUGUUAUUGGAAUUCCUGAUGAGAGAUACGGAGAACAAGUGUGCGCCUGGAUCAAAAUGAAGCCAGACAAGACCCCUCUUAAUCACGAGAGCCUCGCUCAGUUUUGCAGAGGGAAAAUCGCUAAAUAUAAAGUCCCGAAAAUCAUUAAGAUAGUCGAUUCAUUCCCAUUAACGGUGUCAGGGAAGGUCAUGAAAUACGUGAUGAGACUUGAACAGCAGAGAGAAAUGGAGCUUAAGCAUAAAGAAUAA